GUGUUCCAGGCAAGGGUCAACGCCGUGACGAGUUUUACUUCCGGGUGAGCGCCACUAGGCGCCAUAUUGUCUUGUUCGUGAAGACGAGGAGCGAAAGAGAGGAGGUGACGGUGGAGCGGUAGCAGCGGCAGCGCCUGCGGUGGGAGGCGGGGGAGAGUUUGAAAUAUAGACUAUAUAAAGACUUAAAAGAUGUGGGAUCAAGGUGGACAACCUUGGCAGCAAUGGCCUUUGAACCAACAGCAGUGGAUGCAGUCAUUUCAGCACCAGCAAGACCCAAGCCAGAUUGACUGGGCUGCAUUAGCUCAAGCAUGGAUUGCUCAGCGAGAAGCCUCAGGGCAACAGAAUGUAGUGGAACAACAAGGAAUGAUGCCAAAUGGACAGGAUAUUUCAGGAAUAGAGUCUGGUCCAAACAACCAUAAUAAUUUUCAGGGGGAUCCCAACUUCAACAGAAUGUGGCAGCCAGAAUGGGGAAUGCCUCACCAGCCCCCUCACCCACCUCCAGAUCAACAGUGGAUGACUCCAACCCCAGGUCAAAUGGAAAUUGUUCCUCCGUCCGAAGACAGCAACAGUCAGGACAGUGGGGAAUUUGCUCCUGACAACAGGCAUAUGUUUAACCAGAACAAUCACAACUUUGGGGGACCUCCCGAUAACUUUGCAAUGGGGCCAGUGAACCAGUUUGACUAUCAGCAUGGGGCUGCUUUUGGUCCGCCUCAAGGUGGCUUUCACCCACCUUAUUGGCAGCCAGGACCACCAGGGCCACCAGGUCCACCAGCACCUUCUGCACCUCCUCAAAAUCGAAGGGAAAGACCCUCAUUCAGAGACCGACAGCGUUCACCUAUCACGAUGCCUGUGAAGCAGGAGCCUCCACAGAUUGAUGCCGUGAAGCGUAGAACUCUGCCUGCAUGGAUUCGUGAGGGCCUGGAAAAGAUGGAACGAGAAAAACAGAAAAAGUUGGAAAAGGAGAGGAUGGAGCAGCAACGUUCACAGUUGUCUAAAAAAGAAAAAAAGGAAAGUGAGGAGGCUGGAGAAGGGGAUGGCCCACGGUUACCUCAGAAAAGUAAAUUUGACAGUGAUGAGGAAGAUGAAGAUGCUGAAAACACAGAAGCUGUAAGUGUUGGGAAAACCAGUAGGAGUCCAUCCCCAGCUCCUCAAGAGGAGCAAAGCGAACCAGAAAUGACAGAAGAGGAAAAAGAAUAUCAAAUGAUGAUGCUGACGAAAAUGCUGCUGACAGAAAUCCUACUAGAUGUCACAAAUGAAGAAAUUUAUUAUGUGGCCAAAGAUGUUCACCGUAAAGCAACUAAAGCUCCUGCAAAACAGCUGGCACAGUCCAGUGCACUGGCUUCCCUCACUGGACUCGGUGGACUGGGUGGUUAUGGAUCAGGAGACAGUGAAGAUGAGAGGAGUGACAGAGGCUCUGAAUCAUCUGAUACUGAUGAUGAGGAAUUACGACACAGAAUCAGGCAAAAACAGGAAGCAUUUUGGAGAAAAGAGAGAGAACAGCAACUACUACUAGAAAAACAGCUAGAAGAAGAAAAGUUACAAAGUGAAAAAGUUUCAAAAGAGAUGAAUGAAUUUAUCAACAAAGAGCAAAAUAGUAACUCAGCAUCGCAGGAGGCAAAAGAAAUUGAUGCAGAUAUGGUUCAUGAAAAGAAAAGAUCUCCAAAUGCAAUUGCUCCUGAUACAGAGCUUAAAAAAGAGGGUAAAGAGAGGACAGGAAGGUGUGGGUCAGGAAGCUCUAGCAGUGGUAGCAGUAGCAGCAAUAGCAGAAGCAGUAGCAGCAGCAGCACUGUAUCUAGUUCAUCCUAUAGCACUAGCUCAGGUAGUAGUCGCAGCUCUUCACGUUCUUCCUCUCCUAAAAGGAAGAAGAGGCACAGUCGCAGUAGGACACCUUCACAUAAAGUUAGGCGCAGCAGAAGCAGGAGUUACACCCACAGAAACAGGAGAGAGAGAAGUAGGAGCAGGGAGAAAAUAAGGGAAAGGACAAGAUCUAGUAGAAAUCACAGUGCUGAAAGAGGGGAGAGAAGAAGAAAUCGAAGUCCUUCCAGAGAGAGAAGCUGGGAUAGACGUAGUAGCCGUUCCAGAGAUAGGCGAGCUAACCGUGCAAGCCGCAGCAGAAGCAGGGAUAGGCGUAAAGCUGAAGACCAGCGUAGAAGCCCUCCUGGAAAUAGACACAAACAUAAAAGUGAGGGUAAAGACCAAGAAAGGAAAAAGGAGCAGGGUGGAGCUGUAGACAAGGACAGAAAAAAGAACAGAGAAAGGGAGAAAGAUCAGGAAAAAAGGAAAGACAGGUCCAAAAAGGAGGAGAAAGAAAGUAAGGCUGGCAGUCAUGACGACAGUAGAUUAAAGAGAAAAAGGGACAGCGAAAGAACUUUCACUCGCGGUGAGUCCAUAUGUGUGAAAAUAAUAAGACAGGAUUCCAGGCAAGAAUGCAAAAGAAUUACUACCAAAGAUAGCAAAAAACGGUCAGGCUCCGAAUCUAGUGCAAGGAGUAGUUCUGAAUCGCCAGGAAGCAGCAAAGAAAAGAAGGCUAAGAAAUCGAAGCAUAUUCGGUCAUGCUCCAUGGAGAAAUCUCAAAGGUCUGGUAAGAAGGCAAGCCGCAAACACAAGUCUAAGUCACGAUCAAGAUCAACGACUCCUCUUCGUCGUAAACGCUGAGGAAUUUAUGGCACCAGUGCUAUGAUGUUUAAAAAUUCCAUGAGUUAUAAAGGCUUGUCUCAUUAUAGAGGCACAUUGUGGCUAUGUAGGUGAAACCAGAAUCCUUUUUUUAUCUGUAAAUAGGUGUAUUUUUUCCAAAUGCUGCUCAGAAUUAAAUACCUAAUAGGAUUUCUUUGCAUUACCUUUUUUUUUUUCCUCCCCAAGAACGGUAGUGCUUAUUAAGAAUAUAAACCAGGCCAUUCUCUUUCAGCUGUAAUGUUCUUAAAAUUACUAUUGAAUGUACUGUGAUGUCAAUAAAGCUCUUUAGUUCA